GCGUAUAAGCAACGCGGAGAAUCGAAUUUAAUUUACCAUCAAAUUCGAAAGGUUGUUAUUUCCUUGCUAUAAACAUCCGCAAAUCUGCGCACAUCCGUUCUUCUUCUCACAUUCAAUUCUACCGCACGCUUUUUGUGAUAUUUUGAAGUUGAUUGCAACAAGUAAGAUUAGACAGAAUGGGAGGUGGAAAGGACAAACAUGAUGAAUCUGACUCAUCUGACAAAGGGCUCUUCUCUGGUCACAGCCAUUAUCCGCCUGGAUACCCACCGGGGCAGUACCCACCCGCACCUGGAGGCUACCCUCCACAGGGCGGCUAUCCUCCAGCAGGAUAUCCUCCACACCAAGGUUAUCCCCCGGCUGGAUACCCCCCUCAACAAGGCUACCCGCCAGCUGGAUACCCCCCUCAAGGCUACCCGCCAGCGGGUUAUCCUGGUCAACAUCACUCAGGAGGAGUUGGAGGACUGAUAGCCGGAGGUGCUGCUGCUGCCGCUGCUGCCUACGGUGCCUCUCAUAUGGCACAUGGAGCACACGGACAUGGAGGCUAUGGAGCUUAUGGUCAUGGCAUGAUGGGUGGUGGUCAUUAUGGCCAUGGGAAGAUGAAGCAUGGCAAGUUCAAGCAUGGUAAGUUCGGGAAGCACGGGAAGCACAAGGGCAAAGGCAUGUUCAAGAAGUGGAAGUAAUCAUCCCUCCUUGACAUUGAAACUAUGAUAUAUAUACAUAUGAAUCAGCCGUAAUGACUCUGUAUUUUCCUUUUUCUUUUUUAUCAACCUAUAGCUAGCUCGGCCUGAUGGCAUUAGAGCUAGUGCUCCUAUUUCUUAAUAUUUAGUGUGACUUUACCUCCAAA